UUCGUAGGUUCUCCGUUGUCCGCAAACUGCUAUUAUAAAAAAUAAAUGACCGUGAGUACUCAUGCCGAUAAUUACUCACCGAAAAAAAAAUUCCGGUAUUAAUCACCCCGAUGAGGGGAUCAGGCGGCGAUAGUGAGAAAAAUUCUAAAUAAAGAAGCACCAAGGAUUGGACGUGGUAAUCGUCAAGUGGUAGGGGAUGUGCAGUGCGAGUAAUAAAGAAAAAAAUCCAAGAAUUCAUCACAAGUGAGAAGGAAGGAACAAAGUAUGGUUGAGCUUAACGAUUGCAGUGGCGAGGAGUGCAGUUUAUCCUCGGCUCGCUCCGGUGCAAGUCCCCGUUUUUCAAUAUUCAAGUGGUUCAAACGUUGGCCAAAGCCCCAGGACAAUCCUAUCACCAGCAUAAAUAACGGGGAGGAGAGUGUGUUUUCAAGCAGUGACAGCAUUGAUACGUUCUACAGUACAGCGACAGUCCGGAGUUUUGCAUUCCAGGCGAGUCCCCCAGGUGCUCCAAUCCACCAGAUUGACAUAAAAAGCCAAGACCCCACGAAAGUUGGCCCAUUUGGUGACGGUGCCGUUCGAAUAAUCGAGAAAGAUGCCAGCAAGUUGACACUGAAUGUCGCCACAACAUUACCCGCCAAUGUUCUGCGCAGGCGAGACAUCACUGCCCGUUAUUCCCUACAGACCUGCACAGGUGCAUUUGGCUCCUGCGGUAAUAUCAGUCACCAGAGGACGAGUAUCAAAAGAGGUGAGGAACGUGGAAACGUCAGGCGAGUCCACGUGAGGGGAAAACGACGUGCACCAAAUCCACCGGGUAGGCCCAGAAGUCUUUGUGAGGUUCAGGGUUCUGGAAUCCUGGGGGCUGGAAAGCGGAAGCGACGACCAGCACCCAAACCACCGGUGCAUUUGGUGAAAAAACGAGAUAUUGGAAUGGAUGGUGAGAGGAGUCAGGGGACUGGUCAGAGUAUCUUUGGUGAGGGCGAGGGGAGCAGGGGCUCUGACUGUGGUGCUGAGAGCAAAAUCAUCGAGGGAAAGGUCAGGUCGAGUGAUCAAGAGAUUCCGAGUGUCAGCACUGAUACCCUUGUCCUUCGUGGUGGUGUUCUCCUGCCGAAGAAGCAAGUCUCCUCAGCUUCUGGCCAGGUUGUAGGUCAGAGCACCGCGAUGCCCCGACCUUGGUACAAGAGGAAUGUCUUUGAGUACUCGAGUGUAAACAAAGAGUGUUCUAAUAAUGUCGCGGUAGUAGCUGCUGUGGAUUCCUCCAAGGGCAAUGAGGAGGGCUCCAUCAGGCACUUUUUCACUCGCUCUGACAGGACCAAGGAGAGAAAGAGGGACAUCAAGAGGCAAUCUGGUCUCUCCAUUCUCACCAACAUCAGUGAACUCGAUAAGGAGGCAGCUGCUAUUGUCCAGGAGGAACAGGCUAAAUCACGAGCUGCUAUGCUACUGGAGGCAUCACGCCUCGGUGAAAUCGAGAGGAGAAUCGAUGGUAAUGAGGGUGUUGUUCAGGACAUGGUAACUUCCGUUAUGGAGAAUUCACCCAGGAGGGGCACCCGCGCUCUCAUCUCCAAGUUCAAUGCCAUUGGGAAUAUUACCAGAGUCACGGUGAACACGAGUUUCUUUGCUAAGCGUGAUGGGAAUAAGGCAGAUCCCGGGGAAGAUUGGAGGAGACGUAGGAUCUCGGAGGGAUCAGGAGGAGACAAGGAUCUCAGCAAAUACUUCCGAAGUCAUCGGGAGGGUGGAGCGGCAGAAAAAAGCAGCCCGAAAUUUGGUAGAGACACAAGAAGAGCCCUCAAUGCCGAGAGAACGGCUUUUUUCACAUCACACCUGGGGGAAGGUCAAAGGACUACCACUACAUCCACCACCACCACCACCACCACCACCACCAGGGAUAGCCUCAAAUCUGGGAAGAGCUGCCCAGUAAUGGAUGUUAGCAAUCGUCUCUCAGCCCUCCAGGAUAUCAUUAAAAAGCAUUCAUCCCCGAUAUCCCCCCGAUCUUCAACUAGCAGCAUUGGAACUCCCCGAGACGAUGAAAAUAGUAGUGGAAGUUUUUCAAAUUCUCCAAAACUCGAUGGUAGCGGAGUUACCGAACAUCGAGAUACACGUACGGAAAAGUUUGACGAAGUGAAAACUAGUGCUGAAGUUAUUCAACGCGAGUUUUCCCAGAUAUUCGAGGAGAUCGACAGGCAAUUGAGUACGAGUAAGUUGAAGCUUGAACAACGACGAUUGGUGGAUGGUAGAAAUUUCAAGAAUAGUGAUUCGUCUAACCAGGUGAGCAAGGUGUUGGAUAUUCUCGUGGAGGCUGAGAAUCUCAGGAAGAGUGAGAGACAGGAGAGGAAGGAUAAGUUCGAAAGAACAAUCGCUACUUCAGAGGACAAAGUUGUCGAUCUCAAGGAAAUGCUGAAGGAGAUGAAGCAUUCACUCCCCAAACGUCCGAAGCCGAAGAGAACGGAGGAAUUGAAGGCAAUUCCAUCGACUUCCAGGCUCCUGGAGCCAGUCAAAGUGAUGGCACCGCCUGUCCUCCAAAUGGCACCAAAAUCACCAAAAAUCGAGAGGCAAAAGGUCUCCUUUGGGGUGCAAACCAGCGGAAACCUCCGAAGAGUUGAUACCCCCAGGAGAGAAGUGGAAAAGAGGCCCUCUGGAUUAAAUGGGAAGACAUUUCAUCUCAUGAGACCCAGAGAAUUUGCUGCCAUCGAGGCCAUCAUGACUAUGAACAACAAUCAGGAGGAAAACACGUACGCUAAUGUCGUCGAACAAUCCAUUUAUGCCAAUGCCAUGGUUUUACCCUCUCGUACCCACCAGGAGGUAGGUCCUCACAGGAAGACGAGAUCAACACCUCCACCUCAUAUACAAUUGCUUGGAUCCACCGCCGAUCGACUACUGAUACAACUGGAAGAAGCUGUUGCCUCGAAAAAUCAUCUACAAACUACGGGAUUCGCCAAGGAAUUGACUAAAUUGGAAAUGCCCUGCCCGGAUGUUUUCAAUGUUAAUAUGUUUAUAGAAGAUAGACUGGCACAGCAGGGGCCGAUUCCACUACAACUUCCCGUCACAAUGCGUAUCGGAGAACUGAAAGACAAGAUUUCCCAGGAAUUCGAAAUUCCUCCAAAUCUCCAGCGCUGGAUAAUCGCCAAGAAAUCAGCGGACGACGAUAACUCCACACUUCAGGAGCUCGACGCUAAGGAGGGGCUGCCUAUUUUCCUGUACCUCGCUGCACCAGUAUUACAGAUCGAUAAUGAGACGGUGCCUGCUGUAGUUGCUCUUGAGGAUGACAAAAUAAAAGAAAUUCAAGAGGAAGUUGAUAUGCCUAUUGUAGAGGAAUCAUCUGACGAUGAAGAGGCCCACGUGAUUCCUGAGAUUGUUACGAUGGAUAAUCUAGCAAUCCCAGGAACUUCAAAAAUUCAUGAUGAGCCUGUCGAAGACGACAAUGACGUGGAAAAGCAAGAGGAGAAAAUUGCUGCCAUUGAAAUUGAACCUGGGAAUGAAAAAACAGAGGCGAAAGGGGAAAUAAUUCUAUCCCAUACUGAUACCGAUUGCAAUGGAGAAGGUGCAGUUGGAAUAAUAGAGAGUGCCAAAAUGGAAUACAGUGAGUUAAUGAUGCUGGAGAAAUGUGGCUUGGUGCCAAACAUUAAUACGAUCGAGUGCCCAAUUUGCUUCAUUACUUACGGGCCACUGGAAGGUGUUGUUCUUCGAGAUUGUCUGCAUACGUUCUGCAGAGCCUGUAUAGAGAACACGAUAAAGCACUGCACGGAGGCAGAGAUCAAGUGUCCAUAUAUAGACUUCGAAUAUACGUGCGAGUCAACACUGCAGGAACGAGAGAUAAAGGCUCUGGUUUCAUUAGAUGUGUACGAACAACAUCUAGCCAAGUCAAUUUCCCAAGCUGAAAAUAAUGCUGGGCACAAUGCAUUCCAUUGUAAGACACCCGAUUGUCCUGGAUGGUGUAUAAUUGAUGACGACGUCAACAAUUUUCUGUGUCCUGUUUGUGAUUCGACCAAUUGCCUCACGUGCAGAGUGAUUCACAAUGGGAAGAACUGCUGGGAGUACCAGGAGGACGUGAGACUCUUUACAGACACUGACGAAGGGGCAAGAAGAACAGCCGAAAUGUUGAGAGACAUGUUAGACAGUGGAGAAGCAAUGACCUGUCCAACGUGUGCAGUGGUUAUCAUGAAAAAAUGGGGAUGUGAUUGGAUUCGUUGUUCAGUGUGUAAGACCGAAAUAUGUUGGGUGACAAGAGGUCCAAGAUGGGGACCUGGUGGUAAGGGCGAUACCUCUGGAGGCUGUAGAUGUAAUCCGGCAGGAAAGUGCCAUCCUCGUUGCAACUACUGUCAUUAACAUUGAACACUUACUUUAUCAAUAAUUACCGCUUAAGAAUUACCAUGGGUUUUAAAAUAUUACGAGUUAUAAAAAUUCAGCAUUAGGCAGUAAACGUUAUAUUUCAUCUAUGGAUAAAUAUGUUUGUAAUGCUUUAAGAGGAAUGUGAGGAGUGGAUUCAUUCUCUCCCAAAUAAAAGAUAAUAAUUUUGUCA